AUGGUUGUUAGUAGUUUAAAUUACUAAACACUUGAGUGUUUGACUCUCAUUGGUGUUGUUUUUAUUCAUUAAGUAAUUAAAAACUGUAAGAAAUUUAGAAAAUACAAAAAAUUUCCUUAAAACUUUUAUCUUAAAACAUUUCAAAAGGGAUAAAUAUUAUAAAAUUAACAAAAUGAAGAAACACCUGCGCCUGGUUAAAAUUGCCUCAUGCAAUCCUUGAUAAGAUCAUAAAGCAAAAUGACUCUUGUUUAAUCGCCUAAAAAAUAUUUUACUAUUUAAUUGAAAGAUCUUCCAAAUGAAUUGAAAUUAAAACGAUAUUCAAAUUUGACAAGCUUUUCAAAAUCUCAGAAAAACAUUCUUAAUUAAGGAAACUCUCAGUAUUAGAUGCUUUAAUUAUACUCUAAUCUGAUAAAUAUAUUUCCUUAUGGUAUAUUGAUUAUUAAUGAGCAUUAAUCAAUUAAUUAUAUUAACAAUAAAUGUGAAAAGAUAUUAGAAUGUUAAGGCAUUGAUCAAGUGCUGGAAAAAGUGAAAAUGUGUGUCAACACUGCAAAAAUGUAAGAAAAUGUGAGUGAAACAUCAAAUAAAUAACAAAAAAAAUAACAUCAUUAUCAAUUACUCUAAUAAAUAAUAAAAAAGUUAUAAAUAAACAAUAGUUCAGUUGAUGUUUUGGACAUCAUUCUUUAACCAUAAAAAUAUUUUGGAAUUCUAGGACAAAAUGAAAAUUAAUUUUACAAAGAUUUUUAGGAAGCAUUUCAUCAACAAAUAUUUAUAUACGAAUGGCUUAUCAAAUCAGAACAAACAUAAUAAAAUUACUAGAAGAAACUGAAAUUAAUAAUUAUGCCAACAUCAAUGACCAAUUAAUAAUAAGAAUACAUUUCAGCAUCUUCAUAAUUUAAAUCCUCAAUUAAAAGUCAUAUAUCAAAUAAUUAUAGUGAUUAAGAGCAUCCUGUGAUGCUGAUUAUAAUUAAAAAUGUCACAAAUAAAUUCAAAUGUCAAUAAAUGAGAGAUGAAUAAAUAAUUCAUCAUAGUUUAAUUAAAUCAUUUUCACACGAAUUAAGAACUCCAUUGAAUAGUUGCUAUCAAAUGUUGAAUCUUAUGAAAUGUUAACCCAUUUCUAAGGCUUUUUCCAAUUAUAUUGAUAUUGCAUAAUGUUCAAUAACAUUGUUAAUUCAUUAAAUUAAUGACAUUUUAGAUUAUGCUGCACUCUAAUCAUUUUCCUUCAAUUAUAAUAUUUCGAAUUUUAAGAUUAAUCAAAUUACUUAGGAAAUAGAGGACUUGUAUAAACUGCAGGCAUCAUAAAAACAUAUUACUUUAACCAUCAAAGUCUCCGAUUACUUAGCAGGAAGGAUCUUUCGUAAUGAUAAACAGAGAAUAAUACAGCUAUUAGUAAAUCUAUUAAAUAACGCAAUCAAAUUUACUCCUUAAGGAGGAAGCAUUUGUUUAAAUGUGAUUGAAGUUGAUUAAUAAUAUAUUAAUUUUUCAGUGAAAGAUAAUGGAAUUGGGAUAGAUGAACGUAAACUAAGCUAAAUUUAGAAUUGCUUGCAUGACACUAUUGAAUUUGGAGCUGUAUUGAAAUCUCAUUCAAAAAUUAAAUAGCCAGGUUUAGGAAUAAUUAUUGCAGCAAAGUUGAUAGAAGGUUUGACAGAAUCAAAAGAAAAUAAAUUAAGUAUUAGCUCUAAGAAAAAUAAAGGAACUAUGGUAUAGUUUUAAAUAGAAGACUUAUAAAAAACGAAUUUAUAAUCUAUUUAUCUUUCAAAUUAAUAAAGCUAGAAAUUGAAUAAUUUAGUUAACCGAUAGGAAAAUAAUGUUUAAAAUUUGGAUUAAAACAAGAUAUUCAGUUUGAGCAAUAAGACCUUGAAAUUUGAAAAUGAGAUAAAUCAUCAAGAAGGAAAGUCAGAGUCGUUUAUUACAUUGAGAUUAAACGAUUCAGAAAAAUAACCUGAAAUUUUUCUUCCUAUCAGUCCAGAAUACUUUUCAAAGAAGAUUCUGGAUUUACAUAACAAAAUUUAGAAGUCAUUACCAGAAGAUUACUUUCAAAAUGCAGAUAUACUAUGUCAAAAUUGCGUUCACAUACUUAUAGUAGAUGAUAUUCCAUUCAAUCAAAUAGCACUAAAAAUGAUAUUAAGUAAGUAUAAAAUUGAAGUUGAUUAAGCAUUUGAUGGAUUUCAAGCUAUUGAAAAGGUCAAACAAAAAAUGCAAAAACAUUGUUAACACUAUAAAAUAAUUUUUAUGGAUAUCGAAAUGCCAGGAAUGGAUGGGUUUUAAGCGAGUUAAUAAGUAAAAUUGUCAGAUUAUAAAUAGAUUCUUGAAUUGACCUCUAAUUAGGCCUUUAUUGUGAUUUGUUCUGCGUACGAUACUUAAGAAAACAUAUAAUAAGGAAAGAACAUUGGAAUCAACACAUUUCUUUAAAAGCCCGUUAAAUAAGAUGAAUUGAAUGUACUGCUUGGAACAGUAUUUAAAAUUGAAUCUAUUUCAAAUUUUUACUUGCAAUAGUCAAAUUUUCAUUAAGGAUGA